UGUUGAAGUUGUCAUUGUGUGAUACAAAGAAACAUCUCUUUCAAUCUCUCUCUCUCUCUCACUCACUCCACCAAAUAUCUCCACUCUUUAUCUCUCUUCCUCAAUACCCCAUUCAUAUUUCGCAGUUUGCCACCACCAAAAGAUUCCAUCUUUACUCUUUUUAAAAGCUCUCUGCACUAAUCAGAUUUCACGUAAAGGAAACAAAUUUAUACUUCAUCUUCCCCAAAAACCAAAAAAAAAAAGUUUUCGGGUUCCGAUUCAGAGGAAAUUUUACAGUAACAGAAUUUUCGUUUGUUUUUAUUCCCGAGUGAAAAAAAAAAUGCAGGAUAUGACGUCAGCAGCAGCGUAUUACCAGCAAGCGAUGAUGAUGACGACGACGGCGAAGCAGCAACCGGAGCAAGAGCAGCUAAAGUGCCCUCGCUGUGACUCACCCAACACCAAAUUCUGUUACUACAACAAUUAUAAUCUAUCACAGCCCCGUCACUUUUGCAAAAACUGCCGUCGUUACUGGACCAAAGGCGGUUCCCUCCGUAAUAUCCCCGUCGGCGGCGGAUCUCGCAAGAACAGCAAACGAUCAUCUUCUUCUUCGUCGUCGAAGACCAAAACAGUCGCUGCUUCCGAUCAGAAACAAGAAGAAGAGGGUAUUAAAGGGAAUUCGGGUCAGGAAAUUGAUCCAACCCGGAUGUUAUACGGGUUACCGGUUGGAGAUCCGAUUGGUGGGAAUUUCAGUUCGCUUUUGGCGUCGAAUAUGCAGAUGGGACUUGGAGGGAUUAAUUACGAUUCCGGGUCACGUUGGUAUCCGGGUACGGGUUUGGGUUCGGUCUCGGGUUUUCGGAGGAGUGAUGACGCGUGGACUGCUAUGAAUAGAGUCGAGAAGAAUUGAAAGAAUCUCAAGGGUAAUUUGGUCUAAUCGGUAUAGAUGUCGUUUUUUUUAGUUAACGCGUAGUCAAUAUAACAACAAACGAUGUCGGUCCAUUUAGUGAUAUAAUCUUUUAUUUCACUUUUUUCUUUUCAUUUUGCGAGUGUAUGUUAUAUGAUGAUAUUUGAAUAGAAUUAUUAUAGAGCGAACAAUAGCGAGUGUAUGUUAAUUUACUUUUACGAAUCCGAUUUUUGUUUUUUCUUGUUUCACAGAAUAUUAUUACUGAAAUGAGAG